AAAUUCUUCCUUCUUUUGGAAUUCGAUUUUAUGCAAAUUAAAGCUACGAACGGAUCAUUUGUUGAUUUCAUACUGUGCAGAGAAAGAACUGAGAAAGCGUAAAGGUGUACGAUUCUUGCAAGCUCCUGACCUUGGAAAUGACUAUAAAACGACGUUAUGGCUACCAUAUUUGCUAGUUCAGGUUCAAAAUCUGAGACAGCGUCUUGGUUUUUCCGAGGAUACGUCGUUACUUAUCUGAUAAACUUGAAAUAAUAAUAUCUUGUGUUAUCUCUGCAACAAUUUUCGUCGCUGAUUGAACAGAUUAUUUUCUUCAACAUCACCAGGCAUGUUUUGUUCCGGUAGUGAUUCCACGCUGCCAGUGUUCCUCCUCGUUAUUCUUCACACGUUUUCAGCUGUACAUACGGGAAAUGUUGAGACAUGGGAUCUAUCGUCAAAUGAUCUUCUCCCUCGCUACUGCGGCGAAACUGAUACCAGCAUAUCCGGAUUAGAUCGAUCGAUAUUAUCGUUAAGCUACCACUGGACGGUUCUUCUGGAGUAUGCCACGCCUCAAGGUAAAAGAACUCCAUGUAACGGCGUCCUGAUCAGCAAACGUUACGUGAUAACCGUCGCGAGUUGCGUAAGAGGUCCGCCGAAGACUUGGAUAUUAUCGGGUGUUCGUCUUGGCGAGUUCGAUACAAGUACCGAAAGGGACUGCGUAGGUGAUCAGGAUACGGGUUUGUACUGUAUCGAGGACACGGUGACCGUCGAUAUCGAGGAGCAGAUUGUUCACGAAUAUUUCAAAAGCGACGGAACUCCGAUCAAUGAUAUCGCUUUGCUCAGACUGUCCCGUGACUUCAACUUCACGGAGACCGCAGGUCCUAUUUGUCUUCCUCCGAAUGCUGCGCCGAAUUUACAAAAACCCGUCAUCGUUGGUUGGGGCACAGGAGGCUCGGCGGUGGUCAGUGACCGCAAAGUUACGUUUCCACUCAAAAUAACUGACAGCGAAAAGUGUGCGGCAAUUUACAAAAACAUAUCAAUAAAAAUUCCCGAUACCGAAAUAUGCGCCCAAGCACUUCAGCCGGGACAAGAUCUCUGUCGGGGAAGUUCGGGCGCAACCUUGAUGACCUUGGAUCAUAGCAAGGGUGGCAGGAAGUGGAACGUCAUCGGUCUCAAUUCUUUCGGACCGACGGCUUGCGAUUCGGAUGUUUUCCCAGGAGUUUAUACCAGAGUUUCUAAUUAUGUGCCUUGGAUAUUAUCCAAGAUGAGAGCGUGAACAUGCUCACAAUUACAGCUCUGCUCCAUUGAUGAACUUUUGAAAGGACGGUGAACAUGGAUCUGGUUUUUUCAUCGUUUUUAAUAAAAUAUUUCUCAACAAACCGCA